AUGACAUCCAACGCCGACGAAAAGCGAAACCGACCUCGCGAGAGCGUCAAGAUUCUCUACGAUCAUGAAAUCACCAACGCACCAGGCAAAUCCAUCGUUGGCCUGGAAGUCCAUUACGGGCCCAACGGCUGGACUCCACCACAUACUCACUCCGGAGCCACUGUUGUUGCUACAGUCACACAAGGCCGUCUCCUCAGUGGAAUGAACGGAAACCCGCCAAAGGUGUAUGGUGUCGGGGAGAGCUUUCGAGAGUUUCCUGGCUGCCAUCACACUGUCAGUGAUAAUGCCAGCGAUACCGAGGAUUGUACUUUCAUUGCGGUUGUUAUCAUUGAUACGGAUGUUUUGAAGAAGGGCUAUCAGAUUCUUACUGUUCUUGAUGAAGGAUGGGAAUAG